AUGUGGUGUGGAAAUGAGAUUCAGGGCUGCAGUGCAGCAGAGUUUAAAGCCUGCAAACGGGCCCUCAUGAGGAGUGAUUCUCAUGAUACAGCAGGACAGGAACGGUAUAGAACUAUUACUACAGCUUACUAUAGAGGAGCCAUGGGCUUCAUCCUCAUGUACGACAUCUCAAAUGAAGAGUCCUUCAAUGCAGUGCAGGACUGGGCAACACAGAUUAAGACCUAUUCAUGGGAUAACGCUCAGGUGAUAUUAGUGGGGAACAAAUGUGACAUGGAUGAAGAGAGGGUGGUGCCUUUUGAGAAGGGCAAACACUUGGCCGACCAGUUAGGGUUUGAGUACUUCGAAGCCAGCGCCAAGGAGAACAUCAACGUCAGACAAGUAUUCGAGCGCUUAGUUGACAUUAUCUGUGUGAAGAUGUCCGAGAGAGUCGAUACGGAUCCACCCAUGGUCACCGGUGCCAAAACCACCCGGCUAACCGAUAAGCCGCCCCAGCUACCUCAGAAUUGUUGCUGAUUUCCAUCUCAAUUCAUAUGCCAACUUAUCAGCAGCGGAUCCGAUGUUGUUUGAUGUUCUGUUAUAUGGCGAUUGGAACCAAUCUGGG